CGACGCCAUGAGCACGAAAAAGACUAACAAGAGCGAUCUAGCGAGUCAAAAGGUUAGGCCAACAGAUUCUCAAAUGCAAGGUAAACACAGCUCCGCAAAUAAGGUACCGGACCCUGGCCGAACAGGGAGACCGAUGGAUACUACAAAACGGAGACAUGUCACCCAAACAACAAUCUUAAAACCAUUAGCAUCGAAACCAAAAGAGGCAGUUGGCGAUUUAUUGCGGUCUUCGGGUCAAUCAAUUGCUCAUUCAAAACGUGGUAGAACUCAUGAACCAUUAGUGCUGGGUCCUCUUAAAGUUCCAGCUACUAAACAACAUGUCAACAGAGAAACACGGCAACAAACAAACUUCCCCGUCACUAGCAAGGCACUCUCGAGGGCUGAAGCCUCUCAGAUUAGCGACUUAUUCAAGGAAGCCGUUAAACCCAAGGCAAAUCCUCGGGCUGGGCUUCUCCACAUCGAUAAGCGUGCCUCGGGAGUUAGAACAAGCCCAGUAGGGGGAGUGGAGUAUUCGUCCGGAGGCUUGCCAAGACGUCACAAGGAUCAUAAGAAAGCUAAGGGCAACAGGAACGUGCAACGCAGCCCGAGACCGCUCGGUCCACCAUCGAUACACGUGGAAGAGAGCACAGGGCUUUGUCUUCCUGAGAUAACGAUGGAAGAGGUGCUGCAGUCAUGGGACGUGAAACCUCGCAGGAGUCGGUCGUCGAGUAAUGUCGGGAUAAAGGACCCCAUGGAGUUUCUUAAGUCUCAGAGCGAUAAUCGGCACGGCCAUAGCCCUGUGCCCGAUGCCCCUUCUUACGAAGAGCUUCUGAAAUGUAGAUAUUUACGACUCGGGCAGGAGGAAGAGGAGGAGAGAUUGGCGCACGGCACUUUUUGCUCGUGUAACUCAUGCGAGCACUCGGAGGGAUUGAAAAACUCGCCGUAUUUGAACGCCUAAGGGCUGCCCCUGAAAUUAAUUCCACAUGUAUAUAGAAAUAUUCCACUGUGAGACUGUAAAAAGACCGUAAACGAGAGACGAUCUAGACAAUAUAUUUUUUUUUCUCUAAGAGCCUGUCGUUUGGUUGGGAACGACUUCAACCGCGUGUACAAAGAGUGCUCUAUGUAAUUAUUUAUUUGGCGUUCUCUAUAUUAUAUUUUUGUUUUACUCUCAAAUAUUUGCAAUAAAUACACCUUGUAUUUUUACUAUCAA